GUGAAUGCAGUUCAAUUGGUGCCAGUAAACAGCAUCAUGAUUCCAGGUGUCAGUCCUGUGGUUCAGGCCCUGCUGGGGACCCUUUUCACCUGGGGUCUCACUGCAGCCGGGGCUGCCCUGGUCUUCGUCUUCUCCAGUAGAGAGAAGCGGAUUUUGGAUGGCAGCCUGGGCUUUGCAGCAGGGGUCAUGCUGGCGGCCUCUUAUUGGUCUUUGCUGGCCCCUGCUAUUGAGAUGGCAGAGGAAUCUGGGAAUUAUGGGGAUUUUGCGUUUUUCCCCAUUGCAGUGGGUUUUGCACUUGGCGCUCUGUUUGUGUAUUUUGCUGACCUGUUGAUGCCUGUUUUGGGAUUUGGGAUGGACCCUCAUAUGGCUCUGGCGCUGCCGUCUGAUGCAAAACCGACCAAAGAUAAGAAGAAGAACUCUAUGGCUGGGCUCUCUGAAGAGGACGAGCUGUCCAUCAGGAUAGGUAGAGCAGGAGUUCAAUCAGAUAAAAUAGAGAAUGGAGAGGUGUAUCAGAGGCGACGUGGGCCCAACACUGGCCAAACAGAGGGACAGGAAGUAGGUACCAAAACACAGGAAGUGACAGAUCAAUCAGGAAGCAGCUGGAGACGGAUCGUUCUUCUGAUCCUGGCCAUUACUAUACACAACAUUCCUGAGGGACUUGCUGUUGGAGUUGGCUUUGGAGCAAUCGGCAAAACUCCGUCAGCCACAUUUGAGAGUGCCAGAAACUUGGCUAUAGGUAUUGGCAUUCAGAAUUUCCCAGAAGGCCUUGCUGUGAGUCUUCCAUUACGGGGUUCAGGGGUGUCCACAUGGCGAUCUUUCUGGUAUGGACAGCUGAGUGGGAUGGUCGAACCUAUAGCUGGGUUGUUAGGGGCCAUUGCUGUGGUGGUUGCAGAGCCGUUGCUACCGUACGCUCUUGCUUUUGCUGCAGGAGCCAUGGUGUAUGUCGUGGUUGAUGACAUCAUUCCCGAAGCCCAAGCGAGUGGGAACGGUAAGCUGGCCUCCUGGACAUCAAUUCUUGGCUUCAUUGUGAUGAUGUCACUGGAUGUCGGACUUGGCUGAGCAUUUUUUAAUUGGUUGAAAUUCGAUUGAUCUCCAGAAUGUCAGCUGACUGCAGCGACCAAACCAGGCCUUUUUUUUCUACUUAUUUUAUGUACAUUUUUGUUAUUUUUUAUUUGUUUUUAGAAUGACUCAAGGACCAUAUUUGUUUAGACAGGGCAGAAAUCUUGAUUGCAAAAUGACAAUACUUGAAAAAUAAUGAAAACUUGAAUGAAUGACUUUAGGUCUGGAUGUGUGUACAUGUAUACUGUAUUUGUGUCAUUAUCAUUAAUACAAGGACCAUACUAUAUGUUCUCAAUAUUCUUGUGCACUCAUUAAAAUGAAAACCAGUGAUCAUUUUGGGCACUAUCGUUAUAAUUAAUGGAUUCAUUUAGGAUUUCUUUUUUUAUUGUAUUUUUUUUUUUAUGAAAUGAAGUUAUCAUUUAUGAUCAAUGCUAUUUUAUUUUUUUAUUUAGAGUUGUUUUUUGUUUACAGAUUAUAUUCAACAAGUUUGAGAAGAUAAUAUUUACAGCAAAAAAAAAGUGUGAAUCGUGAAUUAUAAACUAAAGUAAAAUGUUUAUACAACCCAUUAGUGUUUAUUUGUUUUUCACUGUGUGUGAAAUGCAUUGAAUAUUUCCUUUUAAUUGCUUAAACUGGAAAGAAAAAGAUGUAAUAAGCUGAUUUUCUGUCUAAUUCCAUGCUGCUUUGAUUAUUUUGCUGUUGUUUCUGAUGUCAAUCUUCAUAUAUUCUCUAACACAGAUUGUUACCAUAAGACAGAGAUGACCGAUUAGGUGUUGGGUUGUUUAUAAGCCAUUUCCAGUUCUCUCUCAGAGACUUUCAUAAAUCACUGUUCUUGAAAUAUUGGGAUGUUGCUGUGACAGACUGUUAGGGAUGCUCAAACAAAGAACCACCCAGCCAGGAUUGGAUUGUGAGAGAAAAAUGUACUGGGAAUUAUAGGAAUCUUGCAGUCCACUGAACAUAGAAUUCACUAUAGAUAUCUAACAUAUCUUUUAUUUGUAGUAGCAGUAGUAGUAGUAUUUAUUAUUGAUUAAAACACUCACUGAUAAUUUUAUUAGGAACACUAUGGUCCUAAUAAACUUCCAUAUGUGGUCUUCUGCUGUUGUAGCCCAUCUGCCUCAAUGUUUGACAUGUUCAUUUUGAGAUGCUAUUCUACUCACUACAAUUGUACAGAGCCAUCAUCGGAGUUACCGAAGCAUUUCUGUCAGCUCGAACCAGUCUGGCCAUUCUCUGUUGACCUCUCUCAUCAACAAAAUAUUUCUCUCUGCAGAACUGCCGCUCAAUUGAUGUUUUUGUUUUUGAAACCAUUCUCUAUACACUCUAGAGACUGUUGUUCUAGAGCAGUUACAGAAAUACUCAAACUGACCUGUCUGGCACCAACAAUCAUGCCAUGGUCAAACUCACUAAGAUCAAAUUUUUCCCAUUCUGAUGUUUGAUGUGAACAUUUACUGAAGCUCCUGACCCGUAUCUGCAUGAUUAUAUGCAUUGCACUGCUGCCACAUGAUUGGUUGAUUACAAGUAGGUGUACAGGUCUUCCUAAUAAAGUUCUCAGUGAAUGUAUAUGGGUGUUGCACAUAAAUAGAUCGAUCCAUGCUAUGAUCCAUCGAUUGAUUUAAUUGACAACGCAUUGAAAUUGUUAUAAAAUGCCACACAAAUUCAUGUACUUAUUUUUUAUAAAGCUGGAUGGUAAAUAGGCAAAUAGCAAUAACAAAAAUGUGUUUAAUUAUUUACGAAAUAAAGUUUGUGAUUGGCAAUAUUCUAAAUAAGUUUUUCACACAUU